AAAAAAAAAAAAAAAAAAAACCGCAAACAAUAAAGCCGACUUCCGGAAACGGGAAACCAACCAUUCCCCGAUCCAGCCCCAUCGAUCUCACCGGCGUGCCACUACGCCCCACCCCGCCGGAGAUCACGCCGGCAACUAAGGAAACCAACCCCUCGAGCGCCGCCGUCUCCGCAAACGCCCACCUCUCUUGCGGACCCAGCACCGCCGCAAUCCGCCACCCCCAAUAAACAAGUUCGCUUUGCAUUGCUUGUUUGGGAUCCAAUAAACUUCCUUUUGCUUAACCAAACUCUCUUGAUUCGAUUUCAAAGAAGGUUCAGCUUGAUGGGAAAAGCAAAGCAAAGGCACGAUGAUUCAAGCAGGCUUGUCGGCUCUCUAAAUUCCGACCCUGAUCUGAAAUUCUGCGGAGAAAAUAGUUGGGUGAUUGUGAAGAAGCAGAAGGUUACCAUUCUGGUGCCUUCACUACAUGUUGCUGAUAGGUCUCUGCAGUUAAAUGCAGAACCAAGUCAGUUGCAAGCCCUGCCUAGAAAAAGGGCAGAUAACAGAUCACCGCGUCCAACCGAUACAUGUCCCAGGAUGCCAUCAGUUGAUGAGCGGAAAAGGUCAUUGUCUGCAGCUUCUAAAACGGAUCUCCAACUUGUUAAGAAGGCUUCUUCUGCUCCAAACAUUCCAACACUGACCAGAACUUUGAGGCAAGAUCCAAGAAUAGUAUCAAUAAACCCAAACCGCAGUGAUACCUCCAAGUCUCACAAAGUACUCGGAGUAUCUAAAGCCUCGAGAACCAUCAUCCGGCCAAGACCAUUUCUCCAUGGCAACGGCGAUUUCCCUGAUGGUGGCAUGCUGUUGAACCAAAGAUUGAGGGCACUGAAUCUCGAGAGGAAGCUUCAGAAAGCCGGCGGGUUGAGCAGAUGGCUAGCUUCUCUUGGUCUAGAACAGUUUGUGAGGCUCUUUCAAGGGAAGAGUAUUGGCAAGUUUCAGUUGGUCAAUCUGACCAUGAAGAAGCUCAAGGACAUGGGUGCAAACGCAGUGGGGCCUAGGAGGAAACUCAUGCAUGCAAUUGACUGCAUUUGCCAGCCUUACUGUUUUCAGGCUUUAUGAAAUUGUUAUCUGGGAUUUAGGAGCUUUAUAAUCACGUACAAGGUGAGGAAACAAAUGUACAAAUGAACUUGAUUUUGUUGUGGUUUUUUUUUUUUGUUUUUUUGUUUUUUGUUGUUGGUGAUAGUUGUAUUUAUUA